AUGGGUCUUGGGAUCAACAAGAAGCCUAGCAGGGUGCCGGACUUGUCGCGGUACGACUACCACUAUCAAAACAAGAACGAAAAUGACACCGGGUUCAGACUUUCAGCUGCUGCAGCUGCAGCUUCUACUGGUGGGAGAAGUCAGUCAUUAGUGCACUCCAGAAACCCGGUACAUGCAAGACCCGAAACAGCUAAUCACCGCAGCCAUAGUCUGCGGCACAACGGGAAAAGCGAAAGAGUCGGGUCUCUCACCAACAGAACACAGAGUCAACGACCUGUAUCGUCCGCCCCGGGAAUACCAUCGUCCCGGAGCAAUUCUAUGGUGACUGUGCAUACUACAGAAGUUCGGGACUUCAGUGGUAGAACGCACUCAAUCACCAAGAAAACUGUACGUCGCGUUAACGGCUACGAAUACGUGGAAACCACUACAACUACCACCAACUCAAAACCCUUGGGGCCAGCCCAGGACUCUGACAGACAUUUUAAUGAGUUCACUACCGACCUGUCACAUGACCUGGAUUCCAACUACGAUCAUCAUCUGAAUAACAGGGUUUCUGACACGCUCAGGGAGGAAGACAAUGAGGACGACGAUAAUAACAUCGAUAUCGACGAUGCCAGUUUUAGUGAUGCGAUUGACUAUUUGCCGCAACGCCAAUCGCCAGAAAAUCGUCUCCCCACAACACUACCUCGUAAGGUCAGAAGACAGGAAAAACAGCCGUUUAAAAAAGUGGCCGUAACGAAGCAGCAGGAAAAGCCUAAAAAGGUGCUAACGGAGCAGGAAAUUUACGCUAAGGCCCUGAUUGCCGCACGCAAAAAAGUCUACGGCGAAACUGGAAGCGACGCAGAAAAAGUCGACGGCUAUGCAAGCCCUCAGGCUCCUGCAAGGAUGAGUUCUUUGCGCGAAGCUCCUCCAGCUGUGAUACCUGAAGAGAGGAAAAAGCGUCGGAGUUUUUCGCUCAAAAUGCUGGCUCAAAAGCAAGCCCAGCCCGAAAGCGCAAUGGUACCCGACUACAGAUCGUCUGAGAAGACAAGAACAACGCUAAGAGGUCAGCCACCAACUACCACGCACAAUUCGACGAAAGGACAUUCGAUGACCAACGAAGAAAUCCACCUAAAAGCUGUGCAACUAGCUCGCGAGAAGUAUUUGGCUGGUGAGACGGCUCCACCAACACAGAUGAGCACUACUGAUGCGCAAAACGAUACUCUAAGAGAAGCUCCAAAAGCUAAAGAUGCGUAUACAACACCCGCUGAAGAUGCGCAUACAAGACCUGCUGAAGAUGUGAACACAAGACCCGCUGGCUCCGGUUCAAAAGUCAAAAACUUUUUCAACAAGGUAGCCCAAUUCAGUCAAGAAAACUACGGCUACCAGAACAAAAAUGGGAAACGGCCCGGGGCUGGAACCAGAUCUGAAUCUGGCGCUAGCCGAGAAGUUUCUCAGCCGAACAACGAUAGACAGUCAGUCGCAAUGGAUGCAAAUCUGGAGAAACGAGCGGUUUUGAGAGAAGAUCAGUUUCAUGAUAAGGUCAACUCCGUUGUGGAGCCAGGGACCGAUUCUCCUGCAAACACUGAGGCUGUACCUGGAGCAAUUGAAAACGGUGUGAUGUCGGUACAAAGGUCUGUGUCUGUGGAAAGAGAUGUGCCAGGUAUUGCGCGUCCCGCUCCACCCGAAGUAUUAGAAGUGGAGUCUCAAGAAUCCGAGGUUUUACCAGUCACCAAUCUGGACGGACCGCUUGCCAGCACAGAUUUCCAAACUGCACGUUCAGACCAGAUUGAAACGCCGCCCGUUCCGCUCACGUCCACAGGUAUGGAACCUGAAGAACAGCUGUCCCUACCGGCUACUCACGAAAACCAGACGCAGCCGAAAGCUUCCACGCUUGCGUCGUCAGUGUCCAGCUCACAGGCCAAUUUCUCCAGACAAAGCGUGCGGGGAUCUUUAGCAGGCAAAAGACAAGAGUUACAACAACCGAAACCGGCUGGUGGGAGCAUCAACGAAGUGCCGGAAGCCACCACGGUCAAAACUUCCCAAAGCUCUACAAAGAAACCAAAUUUUCUGCAAAAACUAUUCAAACGAUCCAGCCGGAAGACGAAACAAAACCACUAG